AUGAGAGCAGAUGGCCGCGUCGAUCCUCACCUAGAACUUUCGAGCGAGGCGUCGUCGCAUCGAUAUCCCGUUGUGAAAAUUCGCGCUGCUUCGUUGGACUCCGUGCAGGCAAGAGCCAUCAACCAUCAAGCCACCGCGGAUAUCGUCAAGGAUCUACUCAGGUACGACGAGGUGCCUCAGCUCACGAAUUUAUCUCAUGUUGCGCUACCUCCGGGAGUCGUCAUCGAUCGUCACGUUCACCCGAGCAAGUACGAGGUGUUCUUCGUGCAGAGUGGACGAGGCGCGUUCAAGGUGUGGCGCCAUGGUGCGCGCAACAUAGACGAACCUCGGGAAGAGAUUGAGCUCAAGUCCGGCGUGAGCGUUCACGUCGGGCCUGAAGAGCCUCACGAAAUCGUAUCGAGUGAAGGAAGCGAGCCUUUGGUCAUGUUGUAUUUUGGCGUGGUCGCCCCGGAAGUGACCGCCACCAAAGACUACUGA